UAUGAGACUAAAUCGUCACAAAAGGACCAAAACACCCUUCCUCUACACCGACGAUAACCAAAAGAAUCAAGUGUAUCAGCGGAAUUUUACAUCUCCAUUCUCCGUGUCCUAUAAUAAAGCCCAAAGGUCCCUUUCGCUUCGAUUCCUUUUUCCCCCCCACAAUUUUGAACCUCUUUUUCAGUGGAGUGGAAAAACCAAUAAAGCAUUGUAAAAUCAAAGGCUCGAUUUUUUUUCUAAAAUUGAUAAUUAAAGUAACAAAGCGAAGAAAAUUAGAGAGAAAAUCAACUGAACCACGGAGGAUCUGAGCAAAGAUGAUGAAAUUUUUGGGUAGAGGAAAAGGCUCCGCCGAUGAUGUGUCACCGCAAUCGUUAGGUCAUUCGGCGUCUCCUUCGUCGGCGUCGGCAUCUCCGGUGACCGGUCCCGCGAGACCGAUUCGGUUGUUGUACUGCGAUGAGAAAGGGAAGUUCCGGAUGGAUCCGGAAGCCGUCGCGGCUUUGCAGCUUGUUAAGGAACCAAUUGGAGUCGUUUCGGUCUGUGGCCGGGCUCGUCAGGGCAAGAGCUUCAUUUUAAAUCAGCUUCUUGGAAGGAGUAGUGGAUUUCAAGUAGCAUCAACGCAUCGACCAUGUACCAAAGGGCUUUGGUUGUGGAGUGCACCGUUAAAGAGAACUGCUCUUGAUGGAACUGAGUACAAUCUUUUGCUAUUAGAUACUGAAGGAAUAGAUGCCUAUGAUCAAACGGGAACAUACAGCACUCAGAUAUUUUCCUUAGCUGUCCUCUUAUCUAGUAUGUUCAUCUACAACCAGAUGGGAGGUAUAGAUGAAACUGCCCUGGAUCGUCUCUCUCUUGUCACUCAAAUGACAAAACAUAUCCGAGUCAAAGCUGGAGGAAGAACAACCACAGCUUCUGAACUUGGGCAGUUCUCCCCAAUCUUUGUUUGGCUUCUUAGGGAUUUUUAUCUGGAUUUGGUGGAGGAUAAUAGGAAAAUCACUCCCCGUGAAUACCUUGAGCUUGCUUUACGGCCAGUUCAAGGUAGUGGGAAAGAUAUUGCUGCUAAAAAUGAGAUCCGAGACUCCAUUCGAGCUCUAUUUCCUGAUAGAGAAUGCUUUCCCCUUGUGAGGCCUUUGAACAAUGAAAAUGAUCUCCAAAGGCUUGAUCAAAUUUUGCUUGACAAACUGAGACCUGAAUUUCGAGCUGGGCUUGAUGCAUUGACAAAGUUUGUUUUUGAGAGAACAAGGCCAAAGCAGGUUGGGGCUACUUUAAUGACGGGUCCUGUUCUUAUUGGUAUCACUGAAUCUUACCUGGAUGCGUUGAAUAAUGGUGCAGUGCCCACAAUAUCUUCCUCAUGGCAGAGUGUUGAAGAAGCUGAGUGUCAAAGGGCAUAUGAUUCUGCUGCGGAGAUUUAUAUGUCAACUUUCGACCGCUCAAAGCCACCGGAGGAAGUGUCAUUGAGAGAGGCUCAUGAAGAAGCAGUUCAAAGAUCACUGGCUGUCUAUAAUGCUAGUGCUGUAGGGGUUGGUUCAAUGAGGAAAAAAUAUGAGGAGCUUCUACAGAAAUUCUUCAGAAGGGCUUUUGAGGACUAUAAAAAGAAUGCGUUUAUGGAAGCAGAUUUGCAAUGUUCAAAUGCCAUACAUAGCAUGGGAAAGAGGUUGAGAGCAGCAUGCCAUGCUUCUGAUGCAGGCAUAGAUAAUAUUGUGAAGGUUCUUGAUGCACUUUUAUCCGAGUAUGAAGCCUCAUGCCAUGGCCCUGGAAAAUGGCAGAAACUGGCUGUUUUUUUACAACAGAGUAUGGAGGGGCCAUUACUGGAUUUCAUGAAGAGAGUUAUAGAUCAGAUUGGAUCUGAGAGGAGUUCCCUUAUAUUGAAAUGCCGUUCAAUUGACGAUAAAAUGAAGUUACUUAAAAAGCAACUGGAAGAUAGUGAGAAAUAUAAAUCUGAAUAUGUGAAGCGUUAUGAUGAUGCUAUCAAUGACAAGAAGAAGCUUGCCGAUGAGUAUUCAAGUCGUAUGAAUAAUUUGCAAGGUGAUAACAGUUCACUGAAGGAGAGAUGUUCUAGUUUAAUGAAAGCACUGGAUGCUGCCAAGCAAGAAACAUUAGACUGGAGAAGAAAUUAUGAUCAGAUGUUAUCGAAGCAUAGAGCCAAAGAAGAUCAAGCCACCUCAGAAAUUGAAGUGCUCAAGUCCCGUAGCACUGCUGCUGAAGCAAGGCUGGCUGCUGCGAGGGAGCAAGCUGAGUCUGCUCAAGAGGAGGCAGAGGAGUGGAAAAGAAAGUAUGACUUUGCCAUUAGAGAGGCAAAAGCUGCUUUGGAGAAGGCAGCAAUCGUGCAAGACCGAACAAGCAAGGAAACUCAACUUAGGGAAGAUACUCUGAGGGAAGAGUUUUCACAUACAUUGGCAGAGAAGGAAGUUGAAAUAAAGGACAAGUCAGCAAAGAUUGAGCAAGCUGAGCAGUGCUUGAUGACUCUAAAGUUAGAGUUGAAGGCUGCUGAGUCAAAAAAUAGGAGUUAUGAUGCAGAGAUAUCAUCGCUAAAGGUUGAAAUCAGGGAAUUAGCUGAUAAGCUAGAAAAUGCUAAUACCGAGGCCAUGUCAUUUGAGAGAGAAGCAAAGAUAUUGGAGCAAGAGAAGAUCCAUUUGGAGGAGAAGUAUUCAUCCGAGUUCAGGAGGUUUGCAGAAGUUGAAGAAAGGUGUAGAGUAGCUGAGAAAGAAGCAAAGAAGGCAACAGAAUUGGCCGAUAAAGCUCGGGCAGAAUCAGUAGCUGCUCAAAAGGAGAAAAGUGAGAUACAGAGGAUGGCAAUGGAAAGAUUGGCUCAGAUUGAGAGGGCCGAGAGGCAAAUUGAGAACUUAGUGAGACAGAAAACAGACUUGGAGGAUGAACUACAUAGAGUACGUAUGUCAGAGCUGGAUGCGGUUUCUAAAGUUGCAUUGUUAGAGGCUAGAGUUGAAGAGAGGCAGAGAGAGAUAGAGUCAUUAUUAAAAACAAAUAAUGAGCAGAGGGCUAGUACAGUUAAAGCGCUUGAAGAUCUUUUAGACUCUGAACGUGCAGCACAUGCAGAUGCAAAUGACAGGGCUGAAGCCCUCUCUCUUCAGCUACAGGCUGCACAGGCAAAACUUGAUUCGCUCCAGCAAGAGUUGACUUCUGUUCGUCUAAAUGAAACAGCAUUAGACAGUAAGCUGAAAACUGCUUCCCAUGGAAAGCGAUUGAGGGCAGAUGAUUGUGAAAUGGGGGUGGGAUCUGUUCAAGAUAUGGACACAAGUGACAGAAUUUUGAGAGCAAAUAAGAAGCCCAGGAGCACGACUAGCCCCCUCAGGUAUUCACAAUCAGAAGAUGGCAGGUCAGUAUUCAAAGGUGAUGAUUACAACCAGAAUCUUCAACACAAUCAGGAGGAUUAUACCAAGUUCACAGUGCAAAAACUUAAGCAGGAACUCACGAAGCAUAAUUUUGGUGGCGAGCUGCUUGCGCUGAGGAAUGCAAAUAAGAAAGAAAUCCUCGCACUGUAUGAAAAAUGUGUUCUGCAGAAAUCUUAACAGAUUUUUCAGUUUACUUAUGACUUGUAUAUAGAGGGGCAUUUAAUCUAUUUUUACUUGAUAGAGUUAUGAGUUUAUGAGCCUAGGUGAAGUUUUAAAUCCUAGAAAUUCUGUUAGUCCAAAGUUUGGAAUAUCCCUAGAGUCCAGCAACGUUGAUUAAAAAUGACUUAAAUACUUUUGGGAGAAGGUUUGUCUGUCUUAUAUAUAUGCAUAUGUAUAUGUGAAUUUGAUUGCCUGAAUUAUUCAACGGUGUGAUUUUUGCAGCUCAGAUUGUAUCCAAAUUCCGAACCCUAUUUGAAGGAAUAUUCAAUUUUUAUUGUAUUUUUCAUCUCUUAAAUCCUGAAAUAAGAAAGAUUUGGUAUUGCUUUGUCUGCAAGA